AUGCCAGCGCUCGACAACGAGAGAGCGAGAGAGGGAGGGCAAGGGACAUCCCUAAGCGGGUUGAUGAGAAGGGCUCAGUCAGCUCAUAAUGGUUGUAAUCCAGCUCAAAUUACACACUUCAGUACCAUGGAACCGGCUACUACUUUCAGUUCACUGGAUCUUGGAUCAAUUUCGGCUCAGCACAUCGCCAACACAACAACUGCUUCCAUUUCAUCUCCUGCACCUUUAACCCUUCCACUCGUGCAACCUCUACAAAUUGAUCCACAAUCUACAUCCACUGUUACCCCAUGUUCCCCACCCUUGAACUCCCCUCACUCAGUUUCUGCACAGGAUCCUGUGCUCCUUGGUUCUACCUUUCCAGGUUCACCUCGUGCGUCGUCUCCUUCGCAUGAUCCAGAGAAUGCAGACGAACAAGUGUUUCUUGGAGAAAGACAGGAACUACGCGGUCGUUCACCUUUUUUCGAGUGUACAAGACCAAAAACCACGAAGUUUAUCGCUGCUAUCAUUGCCGGAAGGAGCGCAGAAGACGAGGACUACGAAGAGCAGGAAGAGAACAUCAAGGUCGUUGGAAACGUGUUUUUGAGUGAUCCGUGCAGGAUGAGCCAUGAAUGUGAAGCAGGGAAAUAUACGGAAGAAAGAGGGAAUAGGCAUGUUUAUAAGGAACUACAAAAGGUUAGAAGUGAUCGAACAUUUGCCGAAAAGAAGCCACUGCAGAUAUAUCUUGACAUGGUGACAGCAACGCUUGAUGCAGACGAUGAAGAGAUGGAGGACAGCAUCAGAGCCGCAGUGCGUAGAUCUGGAUAUCAAGCUCGAAGACGAGUUAUAGCCAGAAGUGUGGGUGUGUGGGUGAACAGAUCAGUUAACAUGGAAUGUGUGCCACCGGAAUUUCGAACUCUCAGCGACGGCUCCCUCUUUUUACACCACCAGGAACCCGGGUUUCACAUUUAUUACUCCGUGGCGACAAUCCAG